CCAUGCUGAUGGAUCCUGUGGAUGGACAAAUUCUUGCAUCACUAUUGGUCGGUCCCUGCGCCUUGGAGUACACCCAAGUCAAGACCGCCGACCAUUUCUGGACGGACCCAUCAGCUGACGAGCUCGUACAGAGGCACCGCAUCCACAGUGGCCACUGUCGACAGGAUUCUCCCUCCAGGAGGCCUGCCCUGAUUCAAAAGAGGCAGUCCAGUGGCAGCAUGGACGACCGCCCUUUGGUGUGGGCAAGAGAGUACGUGGAAUCCCUGCACCAAAAUUCCAGAGCCACGCUGCUUUUUGGCAAGAACAAUGUCCUGGUGCAGCCGCGGGACGACAUGGAGGCCAUUCCUGGCUAUCUCUCCCUGCACCAAACGGGAGAGCUGAUGACACUCAAAUGGACACCCAAUCAGCUCAUGAAUGGCAACAUGGGGGAGCUGGAUUCUGAGAAGAGUGUUUACUGGGAUUACGCCAUGACGAUUCGCUUGGAGGAGAUAGUCUAUCUCCACUGUCACCAGCAAGUGAACAGUGGCGGAACCCUGGUGUUGGUCAGCCAGGACGGCAUCCAACGGCCCCCUUUGCACUUCCCCAAAGGGGGCCACCUGCUCCAGUUUCUCACCUGCCUGGAGACGGGCCUCCUUCCUCACGGUCAGCUGGAGCCGCCGCUUUGGAACCAGAGAGGAAAGGGAAAGGUUUUCCCCAAAUUGCGCAGGAGGAGCCCGCAUAGCUCAUGCGACUCGGUGUCUGAUAAAGAGGAUGACGAGGCCACGGAUUACGUGUUUCGGAUCCUCCUUCCUGGCAAUCAAAUGGAGUUCAGUAAGUUCGAUAGAUGGACAAUGCUAAAUUGCGAUGAGGUUUCGGCAAUGGAAGAUUGUGACUCUCCUUUGGCGGUGGGCGUCUUGUCAUUCUGUGCAGUGCCCUUAGAGCUGAUAGACCAGGGCAUGAACAUGUGGCAACCGCCACCCAGGAAGUCCUCUGGGUCUUCCUGCUCUCAGACCGGAUCAUCUGAUAGCUCAUUGCCGAGUGGCUGCAAUCAGGAAAGGGCUCCUCUGAAGCUCCUCUGUGACACCAUGAAGUACCAGAUCAUCUCCCGUGCAUUCUAUGGAUGGCUGGCGUACUGCCGUCACCUGUCCACCGUUCGCACCCACCUCUCUGCUCUGGUCAACACCACCAUAGUCUUCUCUGACGUGCCCUCGGAUGCGCGGGAAGGUCUCUCUGCCGACGUCUGGGCCACGUUUCUCAAUGACAGCUCUGCCUAUGAGGAGCUUGAGAUACACAGGCUGGUCUAUUUUGGAGGCGUGGCACCUUCACUGCGCAAGGAAGUCUGGCCCUUCCUUUUGGGACACUACCGGUUCACAAUGACGAAGAAAUCCAGGCUUGAGAUUGAUGAGCAGAUGCGUCUCAUGUACGAGCAGAUCAUGAAGGAAUGGCGAGGCUGCGAGGCCAUCGUGCAGCAGAAGGAGCGCGAGAAACACGCGGAAGCCCUCGCCAGGUGUUUGUCCGGCAACAGCGUCGAGCAAGCGCCGGUGGUGGAGCAGGACUCAACCAUUAGCACAGAUUCAUCUCUAUGCAGCAGCUCAGAUCCGCACAACACGCGCUCACAAAGUGACUCCAGUUGUAGUGCACCGGUAUUUGCAUCAGUCGAUACUGUGGAUCCCCCAGAGAUGAGGCCUGAAGGAGUGCAAACAGAGCCCGAGAGUACAACAAAGGGCAUCUCAGCUGCUCCCUCUGUGUCGAGCAACCCAUUCUGUGAGAAUGUAUCGAAAGCAUCACCGGCUUGCGACAGCUACCUUCUUUUAACGGGGCCCGCUUUUAUAUCUGCAACCUCUCAGCAGUCUGCGAAGGCAUCGGGCAUCUUGAGUGAGGGAUCGACAGCCGAAUCACUGCCAGGGAUGGUCAAGGUGCUUGAGUCAGUGCCAAAGGAGAGCCUAUUGGCGAGUGACAAGAUGGAGAGGAACGAAGCCGAGGAGAAACCUGAAAACACAAAUACUGCAAAUGCAUUCAUUGAACGAAGAGCUCCACCGGACAAUACCGAUGUUAUCAAGCUGGAAAAAGAGAUUCAGAAUGAGUAUUUCCAAGCCCCACCACUCGGACAGACCCUUCAAGCACAAAAUAGACUCGAUCAAGAAAAUGAAUCGUCUGAAAAAAACAAUAUCGCAAACAUCGAGAGAGAUCCAGGGAGUUCUGAAAAAGAAGAAGCAUUUGACAGCCUGCACUCGCAAUUGUUGACUGCCUGUCUCUUGGAGGUAGACAAUGCUGAGUCGGCGGAUUCUGUGUCGUCUGAAGCCAGAACUGUGCCGGGCUUCUCAAACUCACCGGUCAGGCAAGUACUCGAUGCUCUCCAGUCGGCAUCCCGCGGGAGCCUUUCCCUAUCGUCCCAUACUUGGCAGUCCCCGGAUUCCGAUGACUCUCCUUCCGCUCUGGAGAUGGAGGACAUUCCUGCCGGGGUGGCUUGCUUAAACCUCGAAGAACUGAACACCAGGCCCUUGACGAUACUUGCGGCCCCGCCCGCGUGUCGAGCUCAGAGAGCCAAGCUGGCAUGCGAGGAUCUUGUGGACACCGCUUGUAACACCAGUCCUGAGGACACCGACCAGGGGCUGUCUGAAGAUGAACCUGAUGUGGAAAACAGCUUUGCCGAACCAGAGUCUGCUGAGGCGGUCGCAGAGUCCAUACGGCAAGACUCCUCGGCUCAACAAAUCUACACUCAAGAGACCAUGGACAUGUACCUAAUCAACUUGCAUCGCAUUGACAAAGACGUCAGACGAUGCGACCGCACAUACUGGUACUUCACUCCCGAAAACCUGGACAGGCUGAGGAAUAUCAUGUGCAGCUAUGUGUGGCAACACUUGGACACGGGUUACGUCCAGGGCAUGUGUGACAUACUGGCCCCGCUGCUGGUUAUCCUGGACGACGAGGUGAUGGCGUUCAGCUGCUUCACCGAACUGAUGAAAAGGAUGAACCAGAACUUUCCUCACGGGGGCGCCAUGGAUUCUCACUUUGCCAACAUGCGCUCGCUCAUUCAGAUCCUGGACUCUGAGCUAUUUGAGUUGAUGCAGCAGAAUGGCGACUACACCCACUUCUACUUCUGUUACCGAUGGUUCCUACUGGACUUUAAAAGAGAAAUGGUGUACGAUGACGUUUUCUCUGUGUGGGAGACCAUCUGGGCGGCGGCAUACACCACUUCGGAGCAUUUUGUGCUUUUCAUCGCACUGGCUCUGGUGGAAAUGUACAGGGACAUCAUUCUGGAGAACAACAUGGAUUUUACUGACAUCAUCAAGUUUUUCAAUGGUACGGUAAAGUAUAUACCGUGGCCCCAUGACCAGUUCACGAUUUACCGGUCGAUCGCGAUCGACAUAAUCUGCACCCUUGAAUUAGCAGUACAAUCUUUUUUUUUCUUCUUACAUUGGACCUCCCUUUGUCUUCUCAGAAAUGGCCGAGCGACAUGAGAUCCCGCGGGUCCUCACGAUGGC